UUUAAACAGAGAAACUGAUUUGAAGUAGUAGUGCAUGCAUGGUUGAGCUGGAUCGAAGCAUUUAGCUUUGGGUUUCCGUAGCCAUGGAUGCAAAGAAUUGGGUUUCCGUGGUUCUAUUCACCUUAGCUUUUACUGGAUUCUACGCCAUCAUAUUGCUUCCAUACUCCUCCAAUGGAGUGCUUGGGGAACUAAGGAGCCUCAUCCCAGACAUACUAACCGCAUGGCACUCCACCGCCCCCAAAGCGUUGCAGGAGGAAGCAGCUGGCCGCGUCAUUCUGAGUCCCAAUCUAACAACUUGCCAUCAAUCCCUCUCAGAUGCCGAUGUGCCGGUCUAUUGUUGCCCCCCAAAACGUGAGUCUGAGGAGGCCUUUAUUGAUUUCCAGUUCCCUGACCCUUCUUCAUUAACUCUUCGAAUUCGCCGGCCUGCUCACCUGGUCGACGACGACUAUAUUGCCAAGUAUAACAAGGCUUUAUCCAUCAUGAAAUCACUCCCCUAUGAAGACCCUCGCAACUUCAUGCGACAGGCAAACAUGCACUGUAUCUAUUGUACAGGGGCCUACAACCAACAACACUCCAACUCUCUCCUCAAGAUCCACAGGUCCUGGCUAUUCUUCCCCUGGCACCGAAUGAUGCUCUACUUCCAUGAGAGGAUACUCGCAAGUCUCAUUGGAGAUGACACCUUUGCUCUGCCUUUUUGGAACUGGGAUUCUCCUGCUGGUAUGGUCAUCCCCAGAAUGUACAUGAACGGGUCCUUUCGAGAUCCAGAACGUGAUGCAUCUCACCUUCCACCUCAAGUGGCUGAUAUUGACUUCGAUUAUGUCGAGAGCGGGCUUGACCCUCAAGACCAGAUUGCAACCAACGUCGCCUUCAUGUACAACCAAAUGGUUUCUGGCGCAAAGAAGACUGAGCUUUUCAUGGGUUGCCCCUAUAAGCCAGGGGAAGAGGGCUUUUGUGAUGGCCCAGGAACAAUAGAACUCGCACCCCACAACGCCCUACACACUUGGGUUGGCAGCAACCUGAACCCUGAAAGGGAGAACCUAGGUGCAUUCUACUCCGCUGCAAGGGAUCCCAUCUUCUAUGCACAUCAUUCCAACAUUGACCGUCUUUGGGAGGUCUGGAGAGGGCUUCAAGGAGCCAAGGCAGAGAUCCAUGAUCCUGAUUGGCUAGACUCCUAUUUCUUCUUCCACGAUGAAAAGUCGCAGCUUGUUAGAAUCAAAAUCCGUGAUGUCCUUGACAUCACGAAGCUUGGGUAUGAUUUCCAAAAGGUUGAUCUCCCUUGGCUGAACGCACGGCCAAAGCCCGCUGUGUCACCCAAGAUUGCUCGUUACAUGUUGAAAACAAGGGAAGACGACCAGAACGUAUUGCCUAGACAUACGACGGACAAGGUCGGCUUUAGCUUUGGACCGGAGGGUCGUACCCUAGACACUGCUGUAAGAGUCAAGGUCCCUAGGCCCAAGAUCCUUAGAACAAAGAAGGAGAAAGAAGAAGAGGAGGAGGUUCUGCUUGUAUAUGGAAUUGAUAUCAAGAAGGAUGUGUACGUCAAAUUUGACGUUUAUGUUAACGCCAUUGACGAGACCAGGAUUGGUCCGGAGUCCAGGGAGUUCGCCGGGACAUUUGUUAACAUGCGGCAUGGCGUGAGGUUGGUGAUGAAUAGGGGAGAUGCAACAGUGAAGAGAAAGACCAAUCUUAAGUUGGGAAUCUCUGAAUUGUUGGAAGAUCUGGAAGCAGAUGGAGAUGAGAGCAUCUGGGUGACUUUAGUGCCAAGGGGUGGUACGGGACUGCAUAUCUCCAUUGAUGGUAUUCGAAUCGAAUACAUGCGAUAGAAGCCAACAUAAUUAAUACAUGGUGGAGGACAAAUGAGCUCGUUUUAAUUUUCCUCCUACUGUAUUCAUUUUGAGUUAACUAUUUGUAUGUGGCAAUUUUAGAUAAUGAUAAUUCUUUCUUUUUAUUUUGUCA